AGUCAGGGCCCCGGCACGCUCCCCCAGAGCCUGCCGCCCACAGCCUCUGCCGUCCACCCCUGCCCGCCUGGCCAGGGCCCGGCUCCCACCCGUGGAUGAGCCACCGGACCUCCUCCACCUUCAGAGCGGAGAGAAGCUUCCACUCCUCCUCGUCCUCCUCGUCCUCCUCGUCCUCCUCGGCCACCCGAGCCCUGCCCGCCCAGGACGCGCCCAUGGACAAGGCCUUGAGCAUGUUUUCCGAGGACUUCGGCAGCUUCAUGCGGCCCCGCUCGGAGCCCCUGACCUUCCCAGCCCGUCCUGGGGGGCCGGGCAACAUCAAGACCCUCGGGGACGCCUACGAGUUCGCUGUGGACGUGAGCGACUUCUCCCCCGAAGACAUCAUCGUGACCACGUCCAACAACCACAUCGAGGUGCGAGCCGAGAAGCUGGCGGCUGACGGCACGGUCAUGAACACCUUCGCUCACAAGUGCCAGCUGCCGGAGGACAUGGACCCCACCUCGGUGACCUCGGCCCUGAGGGAGGAUGGCAGCCUCACCAUCCGGGCGCGGCGACACCCGCACACAGAGCACGUCCAGCAGACCUUCCGGACAGAGAUCAAAAUCUGAGGGCCUCCGCCUUCCCCCGGCCUCCUGGCGCCCCGCCUUCUCCCCCGCUGGCCCGCUGGUUUUCCUGACCCCCUCCCGACAGCUCGCGGGACAGCUCCGCCCAGACUCCAGCCCUGACGCCCCCAAGACCCCAGGCGGGGGGCCCCACCCCCCGGGCUGAGGCCCUGGGCUCUGCCCUUGCCUACCUGUGGCCCCAGAUUCCAGAUGGGGCCUCUUCGCUUAACCAAGAGCAAAGGGACCGGGAUGGGGAGAGGAAGACCCCAGAGAACCCCCCUGGGGAAGGGAGAUGAGGAGAGGCAGGGUCUCUGGGCAAAUAAUCUGCAGGACAGACACACAAAAGCUUGGCUCUAUGGAGUCUCUGCAGGGCAGGGGUGGGGGCGGGGAAGGGGACCUGGGGCCCUCUUGGCAAGGGGGGCAGGAGAGGCAGAAGGCAGACCUCCGGGGCCCAGGGGCCAGAGGACACAGCGGGAUGGACACCUCCGUUCUCCCACCCCCUAAGCUCCAAAGCAGAGGUCAGGCGGCCUGCCCACCUGGGGCCCCCGCCAGCCAGCUGUGCCGGGGCAGGGCUGCUGCGCAGAGCUGGGGUUUUUCCAAUACAGCUGGUUCGUGACAAA